CGAUAAGAUGGGAAAUGAGCUCCCGUAAGGGUUAUAAAUAUGAAUGCACGACGCACGGGUAUCAUUUGACCAAAUGUUUUUGCAAAACUCAUACGCGAUCCAGUAACGAUGAAUUAUAACAAAGUGCUCUGUCCGGAAUUUAUAAUAACCAUUGGAUUAGUAAUUAUAUUUAGUGAAAUAUUACAUGUACAAGCGGAAAGUGAAUUCAAAAUUCAAGAGAGAGACUAUCAAGCCAAUAGUGGCAUACCAUUCGCAAGUUAUUCAAACAGUGCAUCACCAACAAAUGCAGACAAUCCUAAAAAUUAUAAAACAAAUGAAAAUAAAAACUCACAAAUCGUACACAAACAGGCAACGAAUUCUUCCAUCGGUCCAAAAAUAAAAACGAUAUAUGAAAACACUUAUUCCAAGUUUCUCGGAAAAAAUGCCGAUUCUUCGACUCCGCCUUCGGAGACGAUAAAAGAUUCCACUGCGACUGCGCCUCCAGAGACAACGACGAUAGAGGAUUCCACCACAGCCGACGGCGAAACUACAACACCGGGAGAGGAUCCAUCAACUUCUGCUCCAGAGACAACUACAGCCAGCCCAGAUGAGAGUUCGGCUGCUCCAGAUACAACUACUGCCAUCCCAGAUGAGAGUACGACUGCGCCUCCAGAGACGACGACGACAGAGGAUUCCACUACAGCCGACGACGAAACUACAACACCGGGAGAGGAUCCAUCGACGGCUGCUCCAGAGACAACUACAGCCAGCCCAGAUGAGAGUUCGGCUGCUCCAGAUACAACUACUGCCAUCCCAGAUGAGAGUACGACUGCCCCUUCAGAGACGACGACGAUAGAGGAUUCCACCACAGCCGACGGCAAAACUACAACACCGGGAGAGGAUCCAUCAACUUCUACUCCAGAGACAACUACAGCCAGCCCAGAUGAGAGUUCGGCUGCUCCAGAUACAACUACAGCCAGCCCAGAUGAGAGUACGACUGCCCCUUCAGAGACGACGACGAUAGAGGAUUCCACCACAGCCGACGGCGAAACUACAACACCGGGAGAGGAUCCAUCAACUUCUGCUCCAGAGACAACUACAGCCAGCCCAGAUGAGAGUUCGGCUGCUCCAGAUACAACUACUGCCAUCCCAGAUGAGAGUACGACUGCCCCUUCAGAGACGACGACGAUAGAGGAUUCCACCACAGCCGACGGCAAAACUACAACACCGGGAGAGGAUCCAUCAACUUCUGCUCCAGAGACAACUACAGCCAGCCCAGAUGAGAGUUCGGCUGCUCCAGAUACAACUACUGCCAGCCCAGAUGAGAGUACGACUGCGCCUCAAGAGACAACGACGAUAGAGGAUUCCACUACAGCCGACGACGAAACUACAACACCGGGAGAGGAUCCAUCGACGGCUGCUCCAGAGACAACUACAGCCAGCCCAGAUGAGAGUUCGGCUGCUCCAGAUACAACUACUGCCAUCCCAGAUGAGAGUACGACUGCGCCUUCAGAGACGACGACGAUAGAGGAUUCCACUACAGCCGACGGCGAAACUACAACACCGGGAGAGGAUCCAUCGACGGCUGCUCCAGAGACAACUACAGCCAGCCCAGAUGAGAGUUCGGCUGCUCCAGAUACAACUACUGCCAUCCCAGAUGAGAGUACGACUGCCCCUUCAAAGACGACGACGAUAGAGGAUUCCACCACAGCCGAUGGCAAAACUACAACACCGGGAGAGGAUCCAUCAACUUCUGCUCCAGAGACAACUACAGCCAGCCCAGAUGAGAGUACGACUGCGCCUUCAGAGACGACGACGAUAGAGGAUUCCACCACAGCCGACGGCAAAACUACAACACCGGGAGAGGAUCCAUCAACGGCUGCUCCAGAUACAUCUACUGCCAUCCCAGAUGAGAGUACGACUGCGCCUCCAGAGACAACGACGAUAGAGGAUUCCACUACAGCCGACGGCGAAACUACAACACCGGGAGAGGAUCCAUCAACUUCUGCUCCAGAGACAACUACAGCCAGCCCAGAUGAGAGUUCGGCUGCUCCAGAUACAACUACUGCCAUCCCAGAUGAGAGUACGACUGCGCCUUCAGAGACGACGACGAUAGAGGAUUCCACCACAGCCGACGGCGAAACUACAACACCGGGAGAGGAUCCAUCAACUUCUGCUCCAGAGACAACUACAGCCAGCCCAGAUGAGAGUUCGGCUGCUCCAGAUACAACUACUGCCAUUCCAGAUGAGAGCACGACUGCGCCUCCAGAGACAACGACGAUAGAGGAUUCCACUACAGCCGACGACGAAGCUACAACACCGGGAGAGGAUCCAUCGACGGCUGCUCCAGAGACAACUACAGCCAGCCCAGAUGAGAGUUCGGCUGCUCCAGAUACAACUACUGCCAUCCCAGAUGAGAGUACGACUGCGCCUCAAGAGACAACGACGAUGGAGGAUUCCACUACAGCCGACGACGAAGCUACAACACCGGGAGAGGAUCCAUCGACGGCUGCUCCAGAGACAACUACAGCCAGCCCAGAUGAGAGUUCGGCUGCUCCAGAUACAACUACUGCCAUCCCAGAUGAGAGUACGACUGCGCCUCAAGAGACAACGACGAUAGAGGAUUCCACUACAGCCGACGACGAAACUACAACACCGGGAGAGGAUCCAUCGACGGCUGCUCCAGAGACAACUACAGCUAUCCCAGAUGAGAGUUCGGCUGCUCCAGAUACAUCUACUGCCAUCCCAGAUGAGAGUACGACUGCGCCUCAAGAGACAACGACGAUAGAGGAUUCCACUACAGCCGACGACGAAACUACAACACCGGGAGAGGAUCCAUCGACGGCUGCUCCAGAGACAACUACAGCCAGCCCAGAUGAGAGUUCGGCUGCUCCAGAUACAACUACUGCCAUCCCAGAUGAGAGUACGACUGCGCCUCAAGAGACAACGACGAUAGAGGAUUCCACUACAGCCGACGACGAAACUACAACACCGGGAGAGGAUCCAUCAACGGCUGCUCCAGAUACAUCUACUGCCAUCCCAGAUGAGAGUACGACUGCGACUCCAGAGACAACGACGAUAGAGGAUUCCACCACAGCCGACGGCGAAACUACAACACCGGGAGAGGAUCCAUCGACGGCUGCUCCAGAGACAACUACAGCGAGCCCAGAUGAGAGUUCGGCUGCUCCAGAUACAACUACUGCCAUCCCAGAUGAGAGUACGACUGCGCCUUCAGAGACGACGACGAUAGAGGAUUCCACUACAGCCGACGGCGAAACUACAACACCAGGAGAGAAUCCAUCAACGGCUGCUCCAGAUACAUCUACUGCUAUCCCAGAUGAGAGUACGACUGCGCCUUCAGAGACGACGACGACAGAGGAUUCCACCACAGCCGACGGCGAAACUACAACACCGGGAGAGGAUCCAUCGACGGCUGCUCCAGAGACAACUACAGCCAGCCCAGAUGAAAGUUCGGCUGCUCCAGAUACAACUACUGCCAUCCCAGAUGAGAGUACGACUGCGCCUUCAGAGACGACGACGAUAGAGGAUUCCACUACAGCCGACGGCGAAACUACAACACCGGGAGAGGAUCCAUCAACUUCUGCUCCAGAGACAACUACUGCCAUCCCAGAUGAGAGUACGACUGCGCCUUCAGACACGACGACGAUAGAGGAUUCCACUACAGCCGACGACGAAACUACAACACCGGGAGAGGAUCCAUCAACUUCUGCUCCAGAUACAACUACUGCCAUCCCAGAUGAGAGUUCGGCUGCUCCAGAUACAUCUACUGCCAUCCCAGAUGAGAGUACGACUGCGACUCCAGAGACAACGACGAUAGAGGAUUCCACCACAGCCGACGGCGAAACUACAACACCGGGAGAGGAUCCAUCGACGGCUGCUCCAGAGACAACUACUGUCAUCCCAGAUGAGAGUACGACAGCCUCUCAGGAUUCCACGACUGCGGCUCCAGAGACAACGACUGUAGAGGAUUCCACCACAGCCGACGACGAAACUACAACACCAGGAGAGGAUCCAUCGACGGCUGCUCCAGAGACAACUACAGCCAGCCCAGAUGAGAGUUCGGCUGCUCCAGAUACAACUACUGCCAUCCCAGAUGAGAGUACGACUGCGCCUUCAGAGACGACGACGAUAGAGGAUUCCACUACAGCCGACGGCGAAACUACAACACCAGGAGAGAAUCCAUCAACGGCUGCUCCAGAUACAUCUACUGCCAUCCCAGAUGAGAGUACGACUGCGCCUUCAGAGACGACGACGACAGAGGAUUCCACCACAGCCGACGGCGAAACUACAACACCGGGAGAGGAUCCAUCGACGGCUGCUCCAGAGACAACUACAGCCAGCCCAGAUGAGAGUUCGGCUGCUCCAGAUACAACUACUGCCAUUCCAGAUGAGAGUACGACUGCGCCUUCAGAGACAACGACUGUCGAGGAUUCCACCACAGCCCACGACGAAACUACAACACCGGGAGAGGAUCCAUCAACGGCUGCUCCAGAGACAACAACAGCCAGCCCAGAUGAGAGUUCGGCUGCUCCAGAUACAACUACUGCCAUCCCAGAUGAGAGUACGACUGCGGCUCCAGAGACAACGACUGUCGAGGAUUCCACCACAGCCCACGACGAAACUACAACACCGGGAGAGGAUCCAUCAACGGCUGCUCCAGAGACAACAACAGCCAGCCCAGAUGAGAGUUCGGCUGCUCCAGAUACAACUACUGCCAUCCCAGAUGAGAGUACGACUGCGGCUCCAGAGACAACGACUGUCGAGGAUUCCACCACAGCCCACGACGAAACUACAACACCAGGAGAGGAUCCAUCAACGGCUGCUCCAGAGACAACUACAGCCAGCCCAGAUGAGAGUACGACAGCCUCGACUGCAACUACAACUACUGCGGUUCCAGAAGAAACUACUACAACUUCACAGGAUCCUUCGACUGAACCGUCCAAAACCACCGACAGUACUACAACAGAGAUAACCUCUACGGUUCCAGAAAAAAGUACAACAGCUGAUCAAGAUUCAACAACAAAUGGAAGUGACGAAACAGUCCCAGUGACUUCAACAUCUGUACUUCCGGAGAGUAGCACUGAAGCGUCAUCCUCGUCGGAAUGGAGUUCAUCUCCAGCAGUAUCCACAAGUACAGCAUCUACUGAGUCUUCCUCUUCUGAAACCACAGAAUCAACUUCCUCGUCUGCAACCACGGAUUCUACGUUGCCACCCCUCUCCUGUAAUAGCGGAUAUCCAUAUCUACCCCAUCCAACUAAUUGCCAUAAAUUCAUUCAGUGUUCAAAUGGAUAUGAAUAUAACUUUGAGUGUUCAGGCAAUCUGUUUUGGGACUACAAGGCAUACUAUUGCAGUGAUGACCCAUCCGUUUGUUAUAAUAAUGAGGAAAAUGAGAAUCCAGAAGAAAAGGUGUGCAGUCCUGGAGUAGACUUUGUGGCACACCCAACAGACUGUACCAAAUACAUUCAGUGCAGCAACGGGGAGCCAUUUGAAAGAAAAUGUCCGGAUAAUUUGUUUUGGAAUGCAGAUAUUAAGUCGUGUGUUUGGUCAAAUGACCACUGCAACAAUGAGAGAGCAAGUGAAUCCAUUUCCUGUGCAGCAGGAACGCUUUUUGAUGUUUUCCCUGGUGACUGUUCCAAAUAUAUAAAGUGUGUCGGAUCGAGCGGAAUUCUAAUGAGCUGUAAUUCAGGGCUUUACUGGAAUCCCAUUAAAGCAAUAUGCGAAAAGUCUAAACGAUUCUGUCAAUAAAUAAAGUCUUAUGAUUACAGAACAUGCCAAAUUCGAUGCUUUAAGUCUUCGUAACACUUGAUAAUGGAUACCUUAUAAUAGAGAACCUUAUAUUUGUAUUAAUAUAACGGCUUUUCUCAAUUAAUAAAGACACCAAAUCUAAAAUGUUCCCAUUUCAAUUAGCCUUUUGAAGAUGUUCUAAAUAGAUUUGCUUUUUGGCUGUAGGCAAAUUUAUUUGAAUAUGCAUAAACACUUUGAACA